AUCUCUUUCAAAUAUAUCAUAUUUUGGCUGUACAAGCAGCUUUUGGACUACGUUUACCAAAGUGGACGCAAAGCUUAUUUCCAAAUGGCGCACUUAUGAAUGCCACUGUUUUACAAUAUGAUCUAUUUAGUUACGGCAUACUAAAAACACUCAAUGGAGGUCCAUUAUUACGCAAAAUAAUUAACGAUAUGAAUGCAAUGAUCAAUGGAACUUUAAAAGAUCGAAAGCUCAAUCUUUUUUCUGGACAUGAUAUUAAUGUGGCCGGAAUAAUGUACGCUUUAAAUAUAUUCGAUGAGCAAGUUGUACGGUAUACGAGCAGUAUUAUGAUAGAAUUGCAUGAAAAGAAUAGCGAAUUUUUUGUUAAAGUAGUCCAUUAUUUAGGCAUUCCAUCAACAAUAAUAGAAAAAUGCAUCCCCGGCUGCAAAAUAUUAUGCCCAUACAAUAAAUUCAUUCAAUUAACAUCGGCAGUAACUGCGACGAACGAAGAAUUGAAAUGCUCAUAGUACACAUAGAAUAGUGCACAGAAUAAAUUACAUUGCGAUGUCCUGAUAUGUCA